AUGCAAUAUUUUUUUCUGGUAUUUCUAGCUGUUUUAGCAAAAGGGUUUUUAAGAAAUAAAGAACACGCCAAUUUAAUAAACUCACACAAUGACAGUGUAGAAGAUAUACAUAUUGAAAAGGAAGAGAAAAGUUCAAGUGAACAUCCUUUCAUUCCUAUAAAAAAUAAAAUAAAACUUGUUCAUAAAAAAAAUAACAAUCAAUAUAAUUCAUAUAAUAAUAAACAUAAUAAAAUAAAACUUACUGAUGGAACAUAUACUAGCUUCUUACAAAAUUGCACCAUCAAUGAUUGUGUAGAUGUCGAUAAUAAAGACUCUGAAAUUAAUGAUAUGACAAAAGAAAAAGAUAAUAAUAAUAAUAAUAAUAAUGAAACUAAUCAAAAUGAAGAGAAAAAUAAAAUGAAUACAAGUGAUAUACAUACAGAAAAUGAACAAAAAAUAAAUAAAAAUGAAAAAGAAAAACACCAUAUUUCCAAUUCGAGUGGAGAGAACAAAAAGGACUUAAAAGAAGGAGUCAAAGAAUUAGAAGCAAAGAAAAAAGAGGAUAAAAUUUCAGAUGAUCAUAAAGUGGAAGAAAAAAAAUUAGAUGAUCAUAAAGUGGAAGAAAAAAAAUUAGAUAAUAAUAAAAUGGAAGAAAAAAAAUUAGAUAAUAAUAAAAUGGAGGAAAAAAAAUUAGAUAAUAAUAAAAUGGAGGAAAAAAAAUUAGAUAAUAAUAAAAUGGAGGAAAAAAAAUUAGAUAAUAAUAAAAUGGAGGAAAAAAAAUCAGAUAAUAAUAAAAUGGAGGAAAAAAAAUCAGAUGAUCAUAACAUAGAAGAAGUAAAAAAUGUAGAAGAACAUGAAGACGACGAAGAAGAAAAUAAUGAAGAAAAGAAAUCAGAAAAGAAAUCAGAAAAGAAAAAUAAAGAUGAAAAUGAGGAAGAUACUGAUGAUAUAAGUGAUGAAGAUGAAAUUGAUGAUGAUGAUGGUGGUGAGGAAGACAAAAAUGAAAAUGAUGAUAUUGAUGAUGAUAAAAAGGAAACAGAUCAAACACAUUUGGAAGACGAGGAAAAUGAAAUAAUUGAGAAGGAAGAUAAUGAUAAGAAAAAAAAUGAUAAAAGUAAAUAUGAUGAGAAGGAAAAAAAUAAAGAUAUAGAGAAGGAAAAAAAUAAAGAUAUAGAGAAGGAAAAAGAGAAAGAUAUAAAGAAAGAGAAAAAUAAAGAUAUAGAGAAGGAAAAAGAGAAGGAUAUAAAGAAAGAGAAAAAUAAAGAUACAGAAAAAGCAAAGAAUAAACAAAAUGAUGAGAAAAAGGUCGAAAAUAACGAAAAGAAGAAAAAUUAUGAUCUAAAAAAAGAAAUGAAAAAAGAUAAACAAGAUAUACAUGAUGAUGAAGAUGAUGAAAGUGAUGUGGAAGAAAUAGAAGAAAAUGAUGACGAAGAAGAUGAGGAUGAAGACAUGGAAAAGAAAAAAAAAAAAAAAAAAGGAAAAAAUGAAAAAGAAAAGAAAAAAGAAAAAGAAAAUGAAAUAGAAAAUGAAAUAGAAAAUGAUAUAGAAAAUGAAAAAGAUAAUGAAAAAGAUAAUGAUAAAAAUAUUAAAGAGGGUGAAAAUGUAACAAAUGAAAACGAGGAAAACUAUGAAAAAAUAAAUACAACUACUGAAAUAACAAUAACAAAAUCAAAUAUAGAUAUAAAUAAUAAUAAUAAUAAUAAUGAUAAAGUACAUAAACACAUAUUCCCAAAUCAACAAAAAAAACACAAUUUUCAUAAUGAACAAAAUGAAUUUAAUCAAGCAUUAAAUGUAUCAGCUAAUCAUAAAAAUCAUUAUGAGGAGAAAAAGAAAUAUGAAUCUAACAUGUUCAACAUAGACAAAAGAAUGCAUAAAAAUUUAACAAGCAUGGAUACAAUACUUCGCAAUCUGAAUGAUAAAUUAAGUCACCACAAAGAUCUCAAAAAUAGAGAAUUAAAAUUAAAAUUUGAAGCCAUGAGUAGAAUCAAAGAAUAUAAAAUAUACAAUGAGCUUAUUCAAAAAUCUGUGGAAAUAUUGACACUUAGAUUAACCAAGAUUAACGACGAAUUGAAAAAGUUAAAAGACAUAUCCGAAAAUGCUUUACAAAAAUAUAUAAACGAGAAAGGUUAUGGAUUGAUGAAGCAUUAUAAUUUCCCAGAAUAUAACAAACAUGAGGAAGAAAAGAUCAUCAAAAGAAACAAAAUAACUUGGAAUGAAAAAAAAAGUCAUCAUCUCUAUUGUCCUAUGGAAUGUAAUAGAGAGAGGUGUCAUAACAAACCACAUGGUCCUACUCAAUGCUACAAACUAGAACAAAGAGGUAGUAAUAUUGAGACCAUAUGUGAACCCUUCAUUAACCAACAUAAUGGAACCUGUCGACCAGAUUUUCAUCAUUGUGCUAUAGCAGAGCCUGAGAGAAAUAAAAAAUAUUCAAUAUAUGCAACGGACAAUGUGCACUUUGUACCUUCCCAAUUUGUUACUAUAAAAGGAUAUAAUUUACAUGAAUGUUUACAAUUUUUGGUUGUCAACAAGAAUUCCACAUGCGGACCUAUGACAAUUGAAAAAAACCUUAUGGAGUCUGAAGAAAUUUUAAAGGAGCCUGUUUUAAGCAAAGUUUUAUAUAACGAAAUUUUAUUUGAAAAUAUAAAAAUAUCUACACCAGGAGAAUAUAAUAUUUGCUUGGCUCAAUUUUAUCAAGAUCCAGAGAAUGAUGAUAUACUAUCAGAAAAUAGUUCAAAUAAAUAUAAGAAAAAAAAGAGAAACGAUAUGAAAGUUUUAGGAAUAGACACCAUAGGUACAUUAUAUGUAUUACCCUUACAUGAGAAACAAAAAACGGAAUAA